AUCGCUAGUUCUUAGCAGAGCCGUAAUGGCGGAGAACGUGCGGUCGCCAUUCGACUACCGAGAGCCCCCGACCCUCGACAGCGAUGGAGACGGCAGCAAGCCUGCGACAUCCCGCGGGCGUGUAUGUGGGAGAAAAAGGAAGGGUACUCCGGUGAAAGUAUGUGACCGAGCAUAUGUGACUGAAGAUGAAGAGGAAAGUCUGUCUGAGCACAGCUACAGCCCAGGUGAUGGGCAGUAUCCAGACGUGGUGGAGGACCGCCUCCCUCCACCUGGCAGCCCCUACUACCUCACUGACCCCACUCAGCUUUGUGUAUCAGAGCUCGGUGAGGAGGGCGCCAGCGGGGUCCGUGGCCCUGUGCUCUUCCAUCCCCCUCCCAACUGCAGGAUCAGAGAGGUGCACUGUGGGAGCCAGGUGCGGCUGGUCGUAAUAGCAAUUAGAGACAUUGCCAAAGGAGAGGAAAUAACAGUCGACUACAGCCUGACCGACUGGGGAGAAAACGCUAUGAGUUUCCAUCAAUCCGUAUCGCCACGUGGCUUUGAAUGCGGCUUCAAUCCUGACAACAAUAUCAAGAAGGAGGAGGAGGCAGGGCCCCUCCCUCUCUCUCUCACCGUUUCAGACUACCUCACUCCCUCAUGGUCCCUCUCCCCCUCCUCCUCUCCGCUCUCACACUCCGAGCCCAGCGACUCAGACCGUGAGGAAGACGAAGAGGAGGAAGAUGAUGAUGAUGACGAGGAUGAAGAAGACCUGGAGGACCUGAGGGGCCGAAUGAUGCGACGACGAAAGAAGCGAAAAACGGCGCCCAACUCCAAGAAAAAGGCCCAGAGGGCUCAGCCCCGCCCACUUUCCUUUGCUCACCCUGCCCCUUCCUCAUCAUCCCCCUUCCAGGCGCCUCUGGCUCCUCCCACCACAAACAUAAACAACAACAUAAACAUAAACAUCGGCCGUGGUGCCAGCAGCACGGUCAGCAGGCGGCAGCACUGUCCGUACUGCGGACGGAAUUUCCGCUCUUUGGCCAGACAUUUGGAAAAGCAUCACGACCAGCAGCCGGAAAUCCGGGCUGCUAUGGAACUUGCGCACCUCCACACUCACUCCUCACACACAGCCUCCAACACACACACCACAAGCUCCAGUGCACACUCAUUCUCCUCACCCUUGCAGCCCUCUUCCUCCUCUUCCUCCUCUGCCGCCGCCAGUCAGUCGCUAUUUUCUCGCAGCGAACGUGACUCGCAGUCCACAUCCAAUUCCGGAGCCAUGUCCUUUUCUCUUUCACUUUCUCCACCUCCAACAUCUGCAGCCUCAAAUGCCUCCAAAAAAACCCCCGCCUCCCAGUCCACCCCUCCUAAGAAGACAGCAGCGCCCGUCGCAGCAGCAGUAGUCAAAACCUCCCCUGUAACGCCCAGCGUCACCCCUCCGUCCAGGAGGGGGCGACGGCCCAAGAAAGAGAAGGAAGAGCAGCAAAGGAAACAGGAGGAGAUGGAAAGAGCUAAGGAGGAGGCUCCGCCCACUCCAGGACGAGACGAGGAGGAGGACAUGGAAGAAGAGGAGGAGGUAGACGAUGAUGAGGAGCUGGAGAUGAAUGAAUUGAGAGAAAAUGACAGUGGAGAAGAGAAGAAUGGCGAUUUGGAAAGUUCUCACCGCUCUCACAUGCCCCCCCUCCUCUCCUCUCUCUCCACGCUGGUUCUGUACCUCCGGCGGCAGCAGCACUCCUCCUUCCUCUCCCUUUCUCGCUCCAGCAGCUCGGCUGAGGCAUGGCGGCUACUGUGCCACUCCAGCCUGGCGCUGUUGAUACUCUACAACCGGCACCGUGAGUGCGAAGUGGCCAAACUGACUGCGCACGACUAUCGCAACCGUGUUACACCUUCAUCUUCCUCGUCCUCCAGCACUGGAGUCCCUGCUAAUCCCCCCCUUGCUCCUUUGGAGGCCUCCCUUUCCCCUUUUGAGCGCCACGUGCUGUGUCAUCGCCCCCGUGUGGGCGUUUUAGGAAAGCGCGGGCGUAUCCAACCGCUAAUUCUCCCGCCACAUUCCGAAGCCUGCCUUGACUUGCUCCUGAAAACUUCAUCUGACGUAGGAGUGGACCCCCAAAGCCCAUACGUUUUUUCCCGGCCAUACCACUCCCCUGCCACCCCCCUACGCGGCACAGACCUUUUGCGGGGUCUGGCUCGCUCCAGUGGAGCUAAAAACCCAGCAGCACUGACAGCGCCGCGUGCCCGUAGACAGGUGGCCAUCCUUACACAGCUUCUCCUGCUGGAGGAAGGGGAAAGGCCCCAGGGCGCCGCUGCCAAACGCCUGGAGGACUUCCUCCAGAAGGAGUACCACGUGACGCAGAGCUGUGGCCGGAUCAGCCAGGACCCAGCUCUGAUGGGACGAGUGGGCCGGGUGGUGCUGUAUGGAGAAAGAGACGGGGUGCUGUUCAGAGGGAUGAGUCUCCAGCACAUCUGCCUCGAGCUGGACGUAAUGUCAGGAAACUCUGCGGACUCUUUCUCAGAAGAGUCGGAUGGAGAUGGAGAGAAGGGUAAGGAGAGGUUAGAUGGGGGGAAGAAGACGGGAGUGAACGGCCGAGGGCCUCGAUCUAAGAAGAGCUUCAGCCCUCAGCCCUCACCCACUACGCCCUCCCCAUCAGUUGGCCAUAAGAGGAGGAGCUCACAGAUCAAGUCAGGCAAACGUGGGGUGUUGAAGCGGCCGUGGUCUGAAGCCGAACGUGUCGCUGUGGAGACGCACCUGAAACGCAACAUUGUGGAGCUGCGUGUGCCAGCAAAGGCAGACUGUGAGCGAUGCCUGCAGCACUGCCCCCUGCUGGUUACCAACCAGCGCGACUGGAGGGCCAUUAAGUUUUACUGCCACAACCGCAUUCAGCUACUCAAGAAACAGGGACGGAGGGAGAGCAAUGGAGCAGCCGUCUGUUAACUACAGCGGAGGGGACUCUUUACACAUACAUACACAGAGACUCUCACUAUUAGAAUGUUGGAUUGAAUAAGUGAGAGACUGCACACUUACUUAUGCAUCCAUGUACAUUGAGGGUAGCCGUUUAUCAGUGUAUCCGUUAACUACACCCACACAAAUACAGACACCGUGCGUCAGGAUCAUCAGAUAUCUACAGACACAUGCUUCUAUACAGAAUGUUCAUGCUAAAGGGGAAUUGCACCAGUGUUUACAAAAUUUCUAUCUAAUUCAGUGGUUGAGAUGCAAUCAAAGUUAUUCAGAGCGCUUUAAUGUGAAAUGGUCCAUUAUAGAGAGACCGAUUUCUUUACCAUGGUCUUGAAAGGAACCAGGGGUCAUGAGGUCUGCAACACCAAUAUAGACAUUUUAUAUACUAUCCAAUACCACCAGUGAACCUACACAGGUUUUUUGAGUUUAUAUGUAAUGAUGAUGGUAAAAUAGUGAAUAAUCCGAUAAAAUAAGUCUCUGGGGACUGUUGCCUCGCUUUGAAAUACCUCUUCACCAUGAGAGGAUUUUACAAAAAAAAACAUUUAAAGCCAUCAGGCAACAUUUUCAUAACCAUUUCAUGUAAUACAUUUCAGUGAGAUCUUUUAGAGGUAUUUAAAUACCUUCAGCUACAAGAGAAGAGAAAUAAGGUUUUCCCCCACCUCCCUCACUGUUUCUGAAUUUUGUUUUUGAGACAUUUUCAUGUAGUAUUUCAAAAUUAUUUAUUUUCUCAAAAUGUUGACCAAGCACCUCAAAAUAAUUUCUUACUAUAUCAAAACAACUUUUCUUGAAAUUGUGACUUAUUAUUCUGAAAUAAUUACUUCCUGUUUGAAAUAAAUUUUUCAUUUUAAUUUUUCACAGUAAGCCAUUAUUUCAAAAUACUAUGUCAUUAUUUUGCCAGCCUUAGAGAAAAAUAAGUGAUUAUUUCAAGGUUGUAAGGGAAAAUAUUGACUUUUUUUUUUCCUCUUCAAGCGACUAAUAGAAGAUUCUCUAUUAAACCUUCGGAUGUCUGGUUCCUAUCACCAACACUGUGAACCAUUCUGACUCAAAGUUUCUCUAAAAUGAAGCAUUUGCACCAAACCACUCUGACUUUGUUUACAUCUCAACUAUUUAAUUACAAAAAUGGGUGGAAUUGCCCUUUUACGGACAACUUCACAUAGCCCUCUAAACUGAAUACCUCUAAUUUCUGAUCACUGAUAUUCAAGCAGACUGGAGUGAGUUUUUGUGAGCGUGUGAGUGGAGUGUAACAUGGGUGGUUGAGGGAGAUAUCACCCAAACCCAACAAUGCAGCUCGACGAACCGAAGCAAACAAUGUAGAUUUGAUUCAGAUGACCCACCUAUUUCUCUAUGAACGUUUGUUUUUCUUUUUCUAUGCUAAUAACAUUAUUUGUCCAGUGGAGUCUUGCUGUUGGACUGAUUGUGAUAAAUUUAUAUAUAAAGACCUGAGAUUUUUAUGCUCAUCA